GGGAGAGAGGGCGAGAGAGCCGAGAGAGAGAGAGAGGAAAUUUCAAUCGAAAUCCAACAGCUGCAGCCUGCAGUAAUUACAUAUCGAUUAGAUUGACUUUCUAGACGUGGGUUUUUCGUAUUUUUAAAAAAUUCCGCGUUUUUUUCAUUUUCCCAACCUUUUCCUUUGAGUUCUCUUAAAAUCGUUUUCGGGGGCCGAAACCGGUAGUCCCGAUGCUCUUUUCGUCUGUUUGGGCUGCAAGUCAAAAGGAAAGUUCGAAGUCUACGUUCAACGUUUCAAAGGCAUGUGGGAGCUUUCAAGAAAAAUGAUCAGAAGGGAUAUGGUGUUUUAUAGGCAUUGGGAGGGUGAAAUGUACAGAGAAAUUUUAGAUUUUGAGGGGUAGGUUGUGAGAUUGAAGAGGGUCUAGUUGUUGGGUUUUUCUUAGAAAAGGGUGAUUCUCUGUUGGUAGAGAAGUUUGAGAUUGAGAGGAGGGACUUGUGGUUUUUUUUUUUUUUUUUUAAUUUAUUAUUGUGAAUUGGGUUUCCAUUGUUGUUUAUAGGCUUCAGUUUGUUAGCUUUUGAAUUUUGGAUAUUCUUAUGGUUUUUGAAAUUGGGUUUGUGGGCUUUUGUUGGAGGAAUUGGUCUUUGUCUUUUGGAGGACUUCGAUUUGUGGAUUUUGGGAAUUGAAGUUGGUAAUUUGGGUUUUUCUUGUUUUCUCUUUCUUCUAGGAUUUUUUUCGGUUUUGAUUUUAGGAUUUGGUGUCUUCUCUACACUUUGGAAUCGUGGAAGCUGCAUUCUAAAGAAAGCUUUUGCUGUCGAAAGAGGAGCUGUUGCAUUUCGUUUGUUGGGUCUUAUCACUGUUCUUGAAUUGUGGUUGAAUUGCUGGUGGUUAGGAUGAAUGGGGGAAGGAGAAGGAAGCUCCGGUUCAGUAAGAUCUAUGCCUUCUCCUGUGGGAGAUCAUCAUUCAAGGAAGACCACUCGCAGAUUGGCGGUCCGGGCUUCUCGCGGGUUGUCUUCUGCAACGACCCAGAAUGCUUCGAAGCAGGAAUACGCAGCUACAGCAACAAUUACGUGUCGACUACCAAGUACACGCUGGCGACUUUCUUCCCCAAAUCUCUAUUCGAGCAGUUCCGGAGGGUUGCCAACGUAUACUUCCUGGUCGCUGGUUGCCUGGCUUUCACUCCCCUCGCACCCUACACUCCUGUCAGCGCUCUCCUCCCUUUGAUUGUCGUAAUCGGAGCAACCAUGGCCAAAGAGGCUGUUGAAGAUUGGAGACGGAAUCAGCAGGAUAUUGAAGUGAACAAUCGGAAGGUUAAAGUGCACCGUGGAGAAGGUAAUUUUGAUCACACUGAAUGGAAGAAUCUGAGAGUUGGAGAUAUAGUAAGGGUGGAGAAGGAUGAUUUCUUUCCUGCCGACCUUGUCUUGCUUUCGUCUAGUUAUGAGGAUGCUAUCUGCUAUGUCGAGACCAUGAAUCUUGAUGGUGAGACGAAUUUGAAACUGAAGCAGGCGUUGGAGGUGACUUCGGGCUUACAUGAUGAUUCCAGCUUCCGGAAUUUCAAAGCUCUAGUUAAAUGCGAAGACCCAAAUGCAAACUUGUACUCUUUUGUUGGUAGCAUGGAUUUCGAUGAUCAGCAGUACCCGCUUUCGCCCCAGCAGCUUCUUCUUAGGGAUUCGAAGCUCCGUAACACAGACUACGUCUAUGGGGCUGUGAUCUUCACCGGCCACGACACCAAAGUUAUUCAAAAUUCCACAGACCCACCGUCCAAGAGGAGCAAAAUCGAGAGGAAGAUGGACAAUAUUAUUUAUUUCCUGUUUUCCGUCCUGAUAUUGAUAUCCACUGUUGGAUCCAUUUUCUUUGGGAUUGCGACUAGAGAGGAUCUUAAAAAUGGCAAGAUGAAAAGGUGGUACCUUCGACCAGACAAUACCAAAGUUUUCUUUGAUCCUAAAAGAGCCGCUAUUGCAGCGAUUUUGCAUUUCCUGACAGCCAUGAUGCUGUAUGGGUACUUGAUUCCCAUUUCUUUGUAUGUAUCGAUAGAGAUUGUCAAAGUUUUGCAGAGCAUCUUCAUCAACCAAGACGUGCAGAUGUAUUAUGAGGAAACCGACAAGCCUGCUCAAGCCCGCACAUCAAACUUGAACGAGGAGCUUGGUCAAGUUGACACAAUUCUCUCGGAUAAGACCGGCACUUUGACCUGCAACUCGAUGGAGUUCGUCAAAUGUUCUGUGGCUGGAACAGCGUAUGGUCGUGGUGUAACAGAGGUCGAGCGGGCCAUGGCUAGAAGAAAAGGAUCGCCAUUGGCUCAAGAGAUUGAAAAUGGGGAGCAUGAUGAGGAACAUGUGGAUAAAAAACCACUGGUUAAAGGUUUUAAUUUUAAGGAUGAACGGGUCAUGAAUGGGCGUUGGGUCAACGAGGCUCGUAAUGAUGUCCUUCAGAAGUUCUUCCGUGUGUUGGCGAUAUGCCAUACUGCUAUACCAGAAGUGGUUGAAGAGACAGGCAAGGUUUCGUAUGAAGCUGAAUCGCCUGAUGAGGCAGCCUUUGUGAUUGCAGCAAGAGAGUUCGGCUUUGAAUUUUUCAAGAGGACCCAAACAGGCAUCUCGCUGCAUGAGUUAGAUCCUGAGUCUGGGAUGAAAGUCGAAAGGUCUUAUAAGCUUUUGAAUAUUUUAGAGUUUAAUAGUGCCCGAAGACGGAUGUCUGUGAUAGUAAGAAAUGAGAAGGGCCAGCUGUUGCUACUCUGCAAAGGUGCCGACAGUGUCAUGUUUGAAAGACUUGCAAAGAAUGGAAGGGAGUUUGAGGAUCAGACCAGGGAACACCUGAAUGGGUAUGCUGAUGCGGGUUUGAGAACAUUGGUGCUUGCAUAUCGUGAACUUGAUGAGAGAGAAUAUGGGCAAUUCAAUGAGGAAUUCAAUGAGGCCAAGAACUCGGUCAGUGCAGAUCGAGAUGCACUGAUUGAUGAAGUGACAGAGAAGAUGGAGAAGGAUUUGAUCCUUCUCGGUGCCACAGCUGUUGAGGAUAAGCUGCAAAAAGGGGUUCCUGAAUGCAUUGACAAGCUAGCACAAGCCGGAAUAAAAAUAUGGGUCUUGACUGGAGAUAAGAUGGAGACCGCCAUCAAUAUUGGCUUCGCGUGUAGCUUGUUGAGACAAGGAAUGAGGCAGAUAAUCAUCAUUUUGGAGACACCAGAUAUUCUAGAACUAGAGAAAGCGGGUGAUAAGAGUGACAUCACUAAGGCAUCAAAGGCGAGCGUUAUUCAACAGAUAAAUGAUGGGAAGUCGCUGCUUACUUCGGCAAAUGGAAGUUCCGAUGCAUUUGCUUUGAUCAUCGAUGGCAAAUCGCUUGUUUAUGCGCUGGAGGACGAUGUGAAGAACAUGUUCCUAGAACUGGCAAUUGCCUGUGCAUCUGUUAUCUGCUGUCGUUCGUCCCCCAAACAAAAAGCACUAGUCACGAGAUUGGUUAAAACUGGCACCAGUAAGACGACAUUAGCCAUAGGCGAUGGGGCUAAUGAUGUGGGUAUGCUUCAAGAAGCAGAUAUUGGAAUUGGGAUCAGCGGUGUUGAAGGAAUGCAGGCUGUCAUGUCGAGUGACAUUGCGAUUGCUCAGUUCCAAUACCUGGAGCGUUUACUUCUCGUGCACGGACACUGGUGUUACAGAAGAAUCUCAUCGAUGAUAUGCUACUUCUUCUACAAGAACCUUGCGUUUGGUUUCACUCUUUUUUUGUUCGAGGCAUAUGCAUCCUUUUCUGGGCAGGCUGCAUACAACGAUUGGUACAUGUCAUUCUACAAUGUCUUCUUCACGUCGCUCCCCGUGCUUGCUUUGGGUGUGUUUGACCAAGAUGUUGCUGCCCGGUUUUGCCUGAAGUUCCCUCUUCUAUACCAAGAAGGAGUGCAGAACGUUCUCUUCAGCUGGCUUCGGAUCCUCGGCUGGAUGUUCAACGGCAUAUGUAGUGCCAUUAUCAUCUUCUUCUUCUGCACGAAUGCCCUGGAGCACCAGGCCUUCCGCAAAGGUGGGGAGGUCGUUGGAUUGGAAAUCCUUGGGACUACGAUGUACACGUGCGUCGUCUGGGUUGUAAACUGUCAGAUGGCGCUCGCCAUCAGCUACUUCACAUGGAUACAACACGUCUUCAUAUGGGGUAGCAUCAUUCUGUGGUAUCUCUUCCUUCUGACCUACGGUGCAAUGUCACCUACCAUAUCAACUACCGCCUACAAGGUCUUCAUCGAAGCAUGCGCACCUGCUACAUCGUAUUGGCUCGUCACACUCUUUGUGACAAUCUCAGCCCUGGUUCCAUACUUCUCAUACAAUGCCAUUCAGAUGCGGUUUUUCCCGAUGUAUCAUGGGAUGAUACAGUGGAUUAGAUACGAAGGGCACGCCGAUGACCCUGAAUACUGCCAGGUGGUGCGGCAGAGAUCGUUGCGUGCGACGACAGUCGGAUAUACAGCACGGGCAGAAGCGAGGGCAACCAGCAUGAGAGAGAGGAUACAUGAUAGAACAGAACAAGUGAGGGAAAUAGGCAGGUAAAGUACAGAUUAGAAUCAUAGGACCCUUGCAGCUGUUGAAUAUGGGCCACAGUGAGCCGAUGGUGACCCUCCGAUCAUUACAGAAUGGGCCAUCUAUUGUCCACCGAUCAAAUUCAGGAGAGCAGCUUCCUGGGUCAUCGCCCAACUGAGUUCCGAAGUGGGUGUGUCGUAUUAGCAGUUGGUGGGGCAGAGCGGGCCCCAACAAAUGUAAAUUUUGAUUCUUGGCUGUUCAUGGCCUCGUUAUUAUUAUUUUUUUAUUUACAUAAUCAUCAAUGAUCCUUUGCAUUACUGAAAUAUACAUACCAAUCCAGAUUUGGAUAGUUCAAAACA